AUGAUGGCAACAACUCCAGAUGAACAGUUUUGGUCAAAACAUGCCCGGUCCACUCUGGGGCCGCUACUGAGUUUGGCUGGGUCAUAUACAGCUUCGGAUCAGGCUUCUCAUCUCCGAUUCUUUGACGAGCACGUUGCGUCCUGUCUUGGAUCGCAAUAUGUAGAGCCUAAUGUCGAUUAUUGGACAAGCCCGAACUUGUCCGGAACGCGUUUUGAAAUCAGUCACAACCUAACAACACGGGGUAAGGCAAAAGUACGCUUCGGUUUUGACCUCCUACGGGAUGAAACCGGCCCAGACCCGUUCGGCGAGAACAAUGCGCGUGAAAUGCUACACCGUCUAUGUUCGGCUGUAGGCGGCGACCCCAUGUUGAUGAACCACCUCAUGGAAACUUUCUUCCUGUCGCCGUCUGAGACAGAAGCCUUACGUGACAAAUUCCGGCCGCGCAUGCAUAUCCCGCCAGCUUGCGUCGCGUUCGAUCUUGAAGGACACCGACAAAUCCUGAAGGCUUACUUCCCGGUGUUGAAGAAAGCCACCCUGGGAAAGUCGCCGAUGGACACCACUUUGAAUGCACUCCGCGACCUAGAACCCCUAGGAUACGACAUAUCGCACAAUCUGGACCUGAUUGAAGAGUAUCUAGCCAGCUGCCAAGUCAAGGUCAAGCCGGUAAUGAUAGGCAUUGACUGUCUAGACCCAAAGACAAACCAAGACAGCCGCCUUAAGAUAUAUGCCAAGUUCGAGGCCUGUACUUUUGCCGUAGCCCGAGACGUUAUCACCCUUGGUGGGCGUCUAAGUGGUGAACCUACACUCAAGAAGGUGAACCUUUUGCGGUCUAUCUGGCACUUGCUACUGAACGAGCCCGACGGCAUCUCAGACGACAAGAUAGACACUUUAUCAAAGCAGGAUCGUUCUCCUGGCACGUCCUUUUCGGGUCUUCUGUUCAGUAUCGACCUGGUUCCUGGGAUGAAAAUGCCUGAUGUCAAGGUAUACGUGCCCGUAUUCCAGUACGCCGAGCGCACCGAUACAACAUUUCUAAACACCAAUGCCGCAUUGAAGGCGGUGGGCCACGAAUGGGGCCAGACGGGACGAUUUAAUGAAGCAGCCACGGCUGUUUUGUGA